AUAGUCAGCUUUUAAGAAGUCACUCAUAAAAUGUUGACGAAUUACCGGCAAGCGGACGCGCUGCUGUUUAAGCUCCUGUACGUGGAUACUUAAAAGGAUAGUGGACGAUAUACUCAUUUCUUUCAUAUUUCAAUGCAUGGUUCCCCCCUCGUUACAAGCAUUAAUUCUUCAAGUUUGAGGCUACGCCGAGGCUGGAGUACCCUCAUUCGUUAAUUACAUCUUCAAGCGUCCGUCCAUGCCGUUUGUCAAGACUGGUUUUCGGCUUAGGUUAUUGGCUAAAUUUAACGAUAGGUUACAGCAAACUUCUUCGAAAUUAGCACUUGACAAUCAGAAGCGUGUGUAUCCGGCUACCUAUAUCGUCACCGUGAACACUCGAUAGUAUCACUUGCUCUAAAGGCCAGAGAAAAGUGGAUGUUAUGAACUGCAGAAGCGAGCAAUCAAUCAAAUGGCAUUAGAACGUUGGGGUGAGCAAGAUCACACAGAAAUACUCUUACAGUAGAUUCAAAAGCGAAAAUUCAUCGUAACCUCCUCAAAAGGGAGUGUCCCAGGAUCGUGAGGGAUCACACAAAAUCACACCAGACUUCCCCAUUAAGUGCCUUCAGUUCAAGUAAAACUAUGACGUCACAAGAAUCGUGUUCAAGUGAUGUUGGCAGCAUGCCAACUGCAUCAUCAGACCAGGAGACAUCGCAAGGAGUGCAGUCUUUGAAGGCACUGUCUCUUAACGGUCUCAACCAACACCUAUCUCAUUCCGCAAGUGCUUCUGAAGAUUCACAGUCGAUGCCUUCGGGUGUUAAAGGACGCCCUCAUCCCGUCCUUUCAUGGGGAGAAGUAACGGAGAUACCAAACGGUGCAGCGGCCAAGUCACAUGAGUAUGUGAAACAUCCUAUAGCAGGGUCAUCGAGUAGUAGUGAACCAUGGCAGGUCAGGUCAACACAGAAUCCAUCAAGGCCUUUGGUUAGAAGACCUACUCCAAUGGCUAUUCGAGUGCCUAAAUCUGUACUUGACAAGGCAUCAAAGAAAAUGAUGGCCGCAUCGUUCGAGGAAGACGAAGAAGACGAGGAAGAGCGUGUUGUUGACGGAGAUCAAAGUCCUGUACCAGUGUCACUGAAGCAAGGAACCACUGCUGACGUCCUCGUCAUUGAAGACAUCGAGAGCAGUGAGGCUGAUACCCCAUCGCCAAGGAUAUCGGGCUCGAAAGAUCUUCAUAUCGGCUUGGCGGUUGAUGGCCGUACCAACGAGUCGAGUACUGACACUGGUAGCCCAACGAUCGUCGUCCGGACAGACGUAGGUGAGGAGAUCUCGCACGAAGAGGCGGAGAAGCUAGCAGAUGCAGACGAGGAUGAGAGCGAGGAAGAGGAGGAUGAUUUCAACGCCGAGGACAAGCAUUUCCUUUCGCCAACAGUAUCAAAGUCUUUCACGAAGAAUCCUGAGCCGGAACCAAGUAACACUCGGGUUCAGACUGUUCCCCAUCACCCACGCAAGUUUGUCCGCAGACAGACGCCAAUCAAAUUGGAUGUACCCAAGAAUCUAAAAGAUAUCAUGGCAGAGAAAUCAAGUGAAGGUAUUAUGGAGGAAGAGGAGGAGGAGGAGGAGGAAAAGGAAGAGAGGAAACCUAGCGAGUGUGGACAACAGAAGUCAGAAGCAACAAGUGGUCAAGUGGAUGACAAUCAGUCAUCAACGGAAAAACUGUCACCUUCGUCUGCUGAAAACGCAGCCGAUGCCAGCAGUGGUGCGGUAAAUGAAGAGAACACAAAAAACGACGUUGCUGAAGUUGAUGUGUCAGGUCGACCAGAUAUCAUCACCUCUGUGAACUGCAAUAACAACAAUCGUGAAGCAUCUUCGUUGGACCUUGUGGAGGGAGCGAAUGGCACAGUCAAGUCCAAUGACGGAAGAAACGUCCAGGAUGGUCCCAAGGAUAUGGGAUUACCCACCCUUCAAAGACAAUCACUCUUCAAGAAGUCGGCUAACUCAGGUAACAAAGACGGCAGUGGGAGCCCUUCUUCGGCCAGGAGGAAAGUAUCGCCACACCAUACCAAGAUCUUGAAGCGACAACUGACUCCGUUAGAGGUGGAUCUUCCAAAACACAUCAUUUCAGAUGCUAUGAAGAAAACAUCCGAUUCAUUCUUAGAAGAAGAGGAGGAAGACGAGAGCUGAAUUGAAAUUUUUCUAGACUCGAAUGAAUAAUUAUUUUGAUCACGUUUCUUCCAAGCGAGAUGGAACCUCGAAAGCGGAGGCUUUUACUGAAUCGAGAAGUGACGAUUUCAUUCGGUUUCAGAGAUCACGACCUACCACCAGCAUUGUACUGAUCCACUCGCCAUACAUUACAGCAUGAUCCACUUUUGGUGAUACAUAUACACAUCCUAUAACAGAGUAACUAGAGACUGAAUCGAUAGAAAUGUGGUAGGAAUGAAAAGUCAUCUUUUUUAUAUUCAUGGUGAAUUCUAAAUACUCCGAAAAGCCACGGAACCUACUGAAUUCUCAGAGAAUUUAUAAAAAUAAUGUUUAAGUCCAUUCAAGCACUGCACGACUAUCUUUUGCUCGAUUAUUUACAUGAACUUGAAGGGCCUUUUUGCUGUAAUACGGAUACUCUUUUUAUAUUCCUACAUCAUUCCAUCAUAUUAAACCGAUGAUUUGCAUGUAAGGGAAAACUGGGAUCAGGAGAGUGCAAGCAUCUUUAAACUGAGGCCUAAUGAUGGGAGGUUGUUUUGUAUGAAGACGCACUUGAUAUCUCCUUGCUUGGAUCAACAUUUAAGACAACUGUACUGGCUUGCUCUUGUUGAUUCUACUCAUAAAGGUGGAUAACUUCCACUUAAUCAGAUGUUGAAUAGAUCAGUGAUUGGAGUCGUCGACAUUAUGGUUUUCAGCCUUUCGAAAUGGUGCUACCUGAUUCACAUCUUCUAGAUGGAUAAGGCCUAUGAUAUGAAUGAAGCGAAUAAUAGGCCUACAAUGUGGGUUUGCUGAGCAAAGUAAACGAAACGACAGGUAACAGAAUGGUAUUUGUCUAUACUGAAUGAAAGCUUUUUUAUGCAACUGACAUUUGCUCUCUCUUCAUUGCAUCAAACGAAUUUGCUGCUUUGUAGACCUUGCACUGCGAGAGAAGAUUAAUUGAUUUCUGCUUUCAAUUAAGAAAGCGUUUGUCCUUUUACCUAAUUGCAACGUGGCGGUAUACGGCGCAGAUGUGAUCUCUUCUGCUGUGAAGUCGUACAGUUAGCCCGCUUCGAAGAUCGCUAUCACCAUGGAUGGAUAUCACAAAGACAUGCCGUCAUUUUGCAAGAUCAUUUGUACAUUAAGCGCUCUGUCAAAGAUGUUUACAUUAUGUUAGGUUAUUCCAUUUAGGCCUGCAAGCCGAAGCGUUUUGUUUUAGCUGUCUGCAUUUCAACCACGUUGCACAUCACACGAGGACACUGCAUCAUAAGUUGUUUUAGCGUAUGUAAUGUAUAACAUUUGAACUGUAAUGUUCAGUUAAAUGACACAUUACUGAUUGAUUUUGUAGUAUUAUUCACAUUUCGCCUUGCUUAAAAAAAAACAAUUGCCACAUAGUACGUCACACAAUGUGACAUCAUCUUCACAUGGUCAAAUAUGAACAUUUGAAAGCUGUGAAUAACAUUUUUCAUGUAGUUGUUCGUGAACAUAAACACUCAAAAGUGUAGAGGUGUACACAGUGUGAACGUAUCAUCACAUUGUUAGGGUUUAUGGUUAUAACACUAUAAAUCACAUCUCUACCUGUGUGAACACACUUUGAAUACGUUGUGAUACUGUGUUCUUUUCAGUUUGGUGAUCUAUUCCACAAAUUUAUCUUCUAUUCAUGGCUGCAACAGAAAAAUUAUCCAGGGUCUUACAAUGUUCGCAUUUAAAGGUGAAGAUCACCCUGACAAAAAGAUUGUUGUACAAAUAGCAAAAAAAAAUCAUUAAAAAUAUUGUUUAGGGUUUGAGG